GGAGGGAAGAGAGAGGUGGAGGAGGAUAGGGGUAGGAGACGAGGGGAGAGAAGAGAGAAAGAGGAGAGGGGGAGGAGAAGAGAGAAGAGGAGGAGAAGAGAUAAGAGGAGAAGAGGGAGAAGAGGAGGAGAAGAAAGAAGCAGAGGUGGAGAGAAGGGGACAGAAGAGAGAAGAGGAAGAGAGGAGGACGAGGCGAGGAAGAGAAGAGAGGAGAAGAGAGAAGAGGAGGAUAGGGGGAGGAGAAGGGAGAAGCGGAGGAGAGGAGGCGGAGGAGAAGGUGUUCCGGUGGAAGACAAGAUUAAUAUGUUCAUCAACAGUUUUGGCUCCAUCCAGGAAACCAACAUGGACUACCGUGUGAACAUCUUCCUGCGCCAGCGGUGGAACGACCCGAGGCUGAAGCUCCCGGCGGACUUCAAAGGAGAAGCGCUGACGGUGGACCCCAAGAUAUUCCAGUGUCUGUGGAAACCGGACCUGUUCUUCGCCAACGAGAAACACGCCAACUUCCAUGACGUCACGCAAGACAAUAUCCUGUUAUUUAUCUUCAGGAAUGGAGACAUUCUCAUCAGCAUGAGGUUGUCGGUGACCCUGUCCUGCCCUCUGGACCUCACUCUGUUCCCCAUGGACACACAGCUCUGCAAGAUGCAACUGGAGAGCUUUGGCUACACCACCAGUGAUCUGGUCUUCAUGUGGAUGACAGACCCAGUCCAGAUGGAUGAAAUCGCUCUGCCUCAGUUUGACAUUAAACAGCAGGAGAUACAGUACGGAAACUGCACCAAAUUCUACCAAGGAACAGGUUACUACACCUGUGUGGAGGUGAUCUUCACAUUAAGGAGACAGGUGGGCUUCUAUAUGAUGGGAGUCUACGCCCCCACCCUUCUCAUCGUGGUUCUCUCCUGGCUGUCCUUCUGGAUCAACCCUGAUGCCAGCGCUGCCAGGGUUCCUCUGGGUAUCCUGUCUGUCCUGUCCCUGUCCAGUGAGUCCAUGUCUCUGGCGUCAGCGCUUCCUAAAGUCUCCUAUGUGAAGGCGAUAGACAUCUGGCUCAUCGCAUGUCUGCUGUUCGGCUUCGCUUCACUGGUCGAAUAUGCAGUGGUACAGGUCAUGUUAAACAGUCCUAGGCGUAUAGAGGAGGAGAAGGCUAAGAUGGCAUCUAAAGAGAAGGCUCUGAGAGAGAAAGAGGGGAAGAAGACUCCUUCUAAAACUAACACUGUCAACGGGACCGGAGGAACGCCCAUUCAUCACGUUAGCACUCUGCAGGUGGUGGAGACCCGUUGUAAGAAGGUGUGUACAUCUAAGUCAGACCUCCGCUCUAAUGACUUCAGCAUCGUGGGAUCUCUCCCCAGAGACUUUGAGCUUUCUAACUUUGACUGCUAUGGCAAGCCCAUUGAGGUUAGCGGGGCAACCGGCAAAUCACAGGCCAAGAACAACAAGAAGGCCCCACCCCCUAAACCUGUCAUCCCCGCUGCAGCCAAACGCAUCGACCUGUACGCACGUGCUCUGUUCCCCUUCAGUUUCCUCUUCUUCAACGUCAUAUACUGGUCUGUCUACUUGUAGGAAGGUGUGUGUGUGUUAAUAUCUGAGAAUGUCAGUGGGUAUUCUCAUCUUUUAUAGUAACAUCAUUUACUACUUUAUCUUGACCUGUAAUCCCUGACCUCUAACCCCUGACCCCUUGCCCAUGAACCCCAAUCCUACAUUUAACAGGCUGGUUUCCCAGACUCAGAUAAGGCCCAGUCCUGGACUACUCUCCCUCAAUAGAUAAAGUCCAUUGGACUUAAUCCAAGAAAAGACUUCAUCUGUGUCCAGGGAACUACCCCAACAUGUAGAAGUGAUCUUAGAUUAGAACUCAUCCUCUAUGGCUUGGCUUUUUCAAUGUAGUAACGGGCCAGAGACAGGCAGACAGACGGACAGGUGGACACGCAGACAGGUAGACAGGCAGACUGACAGACAUUCAUCCUAUAUGGCUUGGCUUUCUCAAUGUAGUAACGGGCCAGAGACAGGCAGAGACAGGCAGAGACAGGCAGACAGGCAGAGACAGGCAGACAGGCAGAGGCAGGCAGACAGGCGGACAGGCAGACAGGCGGACACGCAGACAGACAGAUAGAAAGACAGACAGACAGACAGAUAGAAAGGCAGACUUAUAGACAGACACACAAACAGGCCUCUAGAGUGGCGCAGUGGUCUAAGGCCCUGCAGUGCUAGCUGUGCCACUAGAGAUUCUGGGUUCAAGUCCAGGCUCUGUUGCAGCUGGCUGCGAUCAGGUGACCCAUGGGGGCGGGGCACAAUUGGCCCAGCGUCAUCCGGGUUGGGGGAGGGUUUGGGCUGCAGGGAUGUCCUUGAUCCAUAGCGCACUAGCGACUCCUGGGCGCAGUGCACGCUGACACGGUCGCCAGGUGUACAGUGUUUCCUCCGACACAUUGGUGUGGCUGGCUUCCGGGUUAAGUGGGCAUUGUGUCAAGAAGCAGUGCGGCUUGGUUGGGUUGUGUUUCGGAGGACGCAUGACUCUCAAACUUUGUCUCUCCCGAGUCCGUAGGGGAGUUGCAGCGAUGAGACAAGACUGUAACUACCAAUUGGAUACCACGAAAAAGGGGUAUAAAACAUAUAUACUUUAAAAGAGAGGCAGGCAGGCAGGCAGGCGGGGGGGCAGGCAGAUAGAUGAGCAGGCAGACAGGCAGGCGGGGGGGCAGGCAGGUAGAUGAGCAGGCAGACAGGCAGGCAGACAGGCA